GAAAAUCUCACAUAGUUUUAGAAAAAUAAUUAACUAAUAUAAAUUGAUAUAAUCUACUUACUUAUCAUCAAUUGAUUUUAUAUUAAUUAAAUUUUCACUAAUUCUAAUUAAAUUUCACAUAGUACAGAAUCAAUGAAUGAAUGAAAAUCUUACAUUGGUAAUUGAAAAACAAUUAACUAAUAUAUACAUAAAUAAUGUCAAUCCACUCAUUACCAUUUAGUUUUAGAUUAUAAAUCUAUUAUAAAUCGAAUUUAUUAUUAAUAAGGUGCUCAUAAUCCGCAAAACAAUGAAAAAACUUAACUAAAAAUACCUUAGCAAUAUUCUUCUAACUAUAAAACUAUCAAUAUUAUUUAUCUAUAUACAUUAACAGGAAAAUAAACUAAAAAUGCCAUGUCUUAAUCAACAGGCUAGGUGGUUUAUAUUCUGGGCCGACCCCAACCAAAAAACUUCAACAUAUAAAAGUUGUCCUAAUGUGUUUUUAUAAUGAAUGCUUCUUAUGCUAGUUAAUUAUAACAGUGAUAAUGGAGGAUAUAGAAAUCAAGAAGAUCGCAAUGAUGAUGCAAUUCCUUUUGCUAUGAGAUAUAUUUAACAAAUUUAGAUAGAUGCAACUAUUAUUUGUAUUCAUCUCUAAAAAAAACUAUGGAGGGUUCUUCCGAUUUAAACGGUUGUGAUUUUGUAUGAACUAUAUAUAGAACACACAACUAUCCAUAAAUUCAAGAUAGGCACCAUCAUCUCCAAUCUUUUGUUUCUUCUUCUUCAAGCCUAAUUUGUUUUUGAAAUGCCUUCAAGCAAAGACACCAACAGCCAGAAAUUUACAAAACUAAAGAAAGUAGAAACUGAUCCAGACCCUGACCUUUACGACAUAACAUACGUCGAUGUAACUCCCUCUGAAAGCUGCUCUUCUCCAUUGUCCAAAUCACCAUGGUCCGUACAAGUCGAUCCCAACGUCAUAGAACCGCCACGUUCUUCUGCGUCAAAAUCCACGGCGUCGCACGCCAAAGAACCUAAGAACUACUCUCCCAACAUUCUCAUGGGAUCCCUGGUCCGCGAAGAAGGCCACAUCUAUUCUUUAGCUACCUCUGGCGAUUUACUCUUCACAGGAUCUGACUCCAAGAACAUUAGGGUUUGGAAAAACCACAUCGAGUUCUCCACUUUCAAAUCCAACAGCGGGUUGGUUAAAGCUAUUGUUCUUGCAGCAGACAAGAUAUUCACCGGACAUCAAGACGGGAAGAUCCGCGUUUGGAAAGUCUCGUCUAAAGACUCGAGCGUGUUCCGUCGCGUUGGCACCAUGCCGCUUAUCCGAGACUACAUCAAAAACUCCAUAGCCUCUUCCUCUUACUUGGGUUUCAUGAGACGGAACCGAACCAGCACAAGCGCGCAAGGGUUCCGACAUCUUGACGCCAUCUCGUGUCUAGCGUUAAGCGAAGACAGGAGGCUUUUGUAUUCGGGGUCGUGGGAUAAAACGUUUAAAGUGUGGAGAGUCUCUGACCUCAGAUGCUUGGAGUCGGUGAACGCGCACGAUGACGCGGUGAACGCGGUCGUCGCGGGUUUUGACGGUUUGGUUUUCUCCGGUUCAGCGGAUGGUUCGGUUAAAGUGUGGAGGAGAGAGGAUCAAGCCAAGGAGACGAAACAUUUCUUCUCCGAAACGUUAUUGAAACAAGACUGCGCCGUGACGGCGAUAGCGGUUGAUCAGAGCGGGAUGUUAAUUUACUGCGGUUCAUCUGACGGAACCGUUAACUUUUGGGAACGGGAUGAUAAUAUGAAAAACGGCGGCAUUUUGAAAGGGCAUAAACUCGCUGUUCUUUGUCUCUUCGCGGCGGGGAAUUUGUUGUUUAGUGGUUCUGCUGAUCUUGGGAUUCGUGUUUGGAGGAGACCCGAACGCGGUGGUGGUGGCGGCAGAGGUGGAGAGCACGCGUGUGUUUCGGUUUUGACAGGACAUGCAGGUCCGGUGAAGUGUUUGGCCGUGGAGAGAGAUCAAGAGUCUGUAUCGGGUGAGAGACGGUGGAUUGUGUACAGUGGGAGUUUAGAUAGGUCGGUGAAGAUGUGGCGUGUUUCGGAGAAUUCUCCGCCGUUGGAAUUUAUGACAGAUUCGUCUGGUGGUUCUUCUAGGUUAACGGUGGCUCCUAGCUUCUCGGCUCAAGGGAGAAUUAGCCACAAUAAAUAGUUAUAUAUUUUUGUACGCAAGCGAAAAACACUAUAUUAUUUAAAUGUUUAUUAUGUAAAAGAGAUUGAUCCAAAAAAAAAAAGAUUGAUCCAACAGUUUAUAAGACCAUGAUCAACGCAUGUAUACGUCUCAUAAUUUUUAACUAAAAAAACGUUUCAUAAAUAAAAAAUAUAAAAGACACAUCUUAACAUAAAAAUACCAAAUCAUGCUCUAAGAACCCCAAAAGAUCUCUCCCAUUAAUCAUGUUCUAACACUGUUCUAGAAUAUAUUUUAUAAGGUCGUAUAUUCGGCGGAUAUACUCUGUUCGGACAAAAAAAUACUGAAAUUAUAGUAUUCAGUUAACUAUACGGUUAUUCUCAAUUUUAAAUCAACUUUGGUUUAGCUCAGACAAAUUAAAAAGCUAUGCAUAUUAUGACAGAGAAACUCUUUUUUAAUAUAGGUUUUAGAGCAUGAUUAAUGGAGGUUAUUAGGGUGGGGUUCUUAGCAGAAUAUAAGAUACCGUCUCUAAAUUUUUAACUAAAAAAGCUAAAAACCAAUUCUUAACUUUUUUUAGUUAAAAAUUAAGAGACGCUUUCUUAUAUUCCGCUAGGAAGCCUCCUUCUAUUAAUCAUUAUCUUAUACCCACGAUCUCGGUAGGUCUUUAGCCAUUAAAAUAAUCUGAAACAAUGAAAAAGAGGAAGAGAAAUAGAAAGACUGUCUCUGGUUAGAAAGACUCAUAUACAAAUAUAUUCAAUGAUUCAAAAUUUUCUUUUUUCUUUUUAUUUUUUAAAAAUUGUCGUGAGAAACUUAUUUAAAGGCUCUGAAACGGUGCGGGACAAACGGGUUGGAUACUGCAGUAUGAUUUAACUGUGUUUUGUAUAAGAAAAACACAUAUUGCGGAACAACUGCGGAUCGUCUCAAAUAAAUGGUUCAAAACGAAGUAUGAAUGGUGACAUAUAAAAUGAAUAGUAUAAUUGCGGAAUACAUAUGAUAUAUUUAUAUUUUCAAACUAAAAAAUUGGUGGUACUAAUAUAAUUUUAAAAAAAUUAUUUUAUAUAUUUGAAAUGUAAAAUUUAUCAUGCUAUUGCGAAAUUUUAUAUCUAAUAUCUUGUUUUAUUUUUAAAAUUAUAAUUGUGUUAGAUGUUGUUUAAGCAAAACUAAAUAAAUUAUAAUAUUUAUUAUAUUUUUAUGGUAAAAUUCACUUUUUUUAUAAUAGUGUACACUUUUUUCUUCUUUUUCUGUUCAGCAAUAGUAUACAACUUCGAAUGGCCUCGGAUGUUACUUGCGGAAUGAAAAGAACGCACGGCGGUAGAGAAUAUGUGUUACCAUUCACUUGUGUUUUUAUUAAUUUUAUAAAUAAAAUAAAUAAUAAGAGAGUAGUGCGGGACAGAGUGCGGGAAAGUUUUUGUCUCCAACCACACCCAUGUUUAACAAGAGAUAAAUAUGGUGUGGUUCAAAAUGAUUACUGUUGUUGAACAGAAAAAAAAAGUGUAUACUAUUGUAAAAAAGUUAUUUUUAUUGUAAAAAAGUUAUUUUUAUUGUAAAAAUAUAAUAAAUAUUAUAAUUUAUUUAAUUUUGUUUAAACAACAUCUAAUGCAAUUAUAAUUUUAAAAUAACACAAGAUAUUAGUUAUAAAAAUUCACUAAUAGCGUAUUUAGUUUUAUAUUUCAAAUGUAUAAAAUACUUUUAAAAGAAUUAUAUUAGUUCCACCAAUUUUUUAGUUUGAAAAUAUAAAUACUUCUCUGAGUUGCACUAUUCAUUAUAUUUGUCACCAUUCAUACUUUGUUUUGAACCGUUUAUUUUAGACGAUCCGCAGUUGUUCCGCAUUAUGCGUUUCUCUUAUACAAACCGCAGUUGAGAAGUACCGCAUUAUCCAAUCCGUUUGUCUCGUACCGCUCAAACCGCUGUUACCAUUCGAAGCGUACUCUUCUAACCACACAAUAUUCAUCUCUUGUUAAAUACGGGUGUGGUUGAAGACCAAAACUCUCCCGCACUCUGUCCCGCACUACUCUUUUAUUAUUUAGUUAUUUAUAAAACUAAUAGAAACACAAGUGAAUGGUAAAACACAUUCUCUAAUAUCUGAGAAACUUAAGUGAGUUUGCAUAAGCUAAAUGAUGCUCUAAGGCCUUUCCUUUGCAGCACGAUCCGUGCAACUGAUCCAUUACCAUUCCUUAAAAUAUCGAUUUAGAAAUUAUUUGGUUUUGUACAUCACAUAAGAUAAAACAUUCGUAUGAAAUGUAUGAGAGUAUUAUCAGUUAA